CAUAACACAGCGCACUGGAGCUCAAGUGAAACCAGGCUGAUCUGUGAACUACAGUCACAUUACCCAGCUAACAUAUCAUAUCAUAACCUAACCUAGCCAGUUUGCUAUGUUGUAAUGGUUGAAAUUCUAUUACCAUGUCGGAAAUGUUGCUGAAAGAGAUGGAAGAUCUGUCUCUUUGCCAUUUAUCAAAGGAAGAACAGAGAGUACGAGAACGCAGUUUUCUCUUGGUUGAUGAAAACGAAACUCUGCAGGUAAAGGAUGAAACCCACUUUCUGCAGAUGCUAGGCUGCAGUGCUGGGCAAGGAGUCAAAGUCCUCUCAAUCUUCGGCAACACUGGAGAUGGCAAAUCACACACGCUCAACCACGUGCUUUUUGACGGUGACGAGGUAUUCGUCACGUCUCAGUCCCCCACCUCCUGCACAAUUGGGGUGUGGGCUGCUUACGACCCCCACCUGGGUCUGGUGGUGCUAGACACGGAGGGCUUGCUUGGUGCCUCUACCCAGCAGAACCAGCGAAUGCGUCUGCUCCUGAAGGUGCUGGCCGUGUCGGACAUAGCCGUCUACCGCACACGGGCUGAGCGGCUGCACAACGACCUGUUCCAGUUUCUGGGAAGCGCUUCGUUUGCCUAUCUGAAACACUUCACUCCACAGCUCCGUGCCCUCUCCACCCGCUGUGGCCUUGAUGUGCCUCUGUCCAACCUGGGGCCUGCUGUUGUGGUGUUCCAGGAGACGUCCCGCACCCAGCUGCUGGGCCACGAGGGUGCUGCACCAGCGGAUAUAUUGCUCCAGAAGCGUUUCCACGACCUGGGCCAGAGCACGGAGGCCUUCAGCUCCGUGCAAUAUGUGGGAACCCAGACUGUCAGUCCCCCAACAAACUACACCCAGCUACGCACGCUCAUCACACAGCAGGUGAAGAGCACAGCCUCCCGUGUUCCCCGCCAAGCUGCCAUCGUCUUCAGCGCCUUGCAGGCCUUGAGCGAUCGCUUCUGUGGGGAGAUCUCGGAUGACAAAAUCGGCUUCUGCUCCUUCUUUCCUGAUGAAUACUUCACCUGCCCUUCUGUCUGCCUCAGCUGCAAUAUUCGAUGUAAGAAUGGUAUGAACCACCAGAAGGACCGAGUGCCACAUAUGGCUGACGGACUUUGCCAGUAUGCCCAUCAGUACAGCAACAAGGUCCUCAUCUGUAAGAGGUGUUAUGAGGGUGGAAGAGAAGUCAUAGUGGUGCCCAAAACGAGUGCCUCUACAGACAACCCCUGGUUUGGCCUGGCCAAGUUUGCCUGGUCAGGCUAUGUUCUGGAGUGUCCCCACUGUGGCAUCAUCUACCGGAGCAGACAGUACUGGUUGGGUAACCAGGACCCUGAGACCAGCGUGGUGCGCCCUGAGGUGAAGCACGUCUGGCAAGGGUCGGAGGUUUUCCAGACCGACCACCAGAAUGCCGCCCAGCGGUUGCUGGAUGGGGUCAACUUCGUCAUUCAAUCCGUGUCCGAGUACAGCUCCGGCCCCACGAAGGCAGUCACCACCUGGCUCACAGACCAAGUGGCUCCUCCAUACUGGAGACCCAACUCCGAAAUCACAGUGUGCCAUGGCUGUGGGCAUGAGUUUGAGGAGGUGGAGAGGAAGCACCACUGCCGUGCAUGCGGGGAGGGCUUCUGCCAGGCAUGCUCCACCCACAGCAUGCCUGUACCGGAGCAGGGCUGGGGCUUGAGCCCCGUACGCGUCUGUGACGGCUGCCACAGGCGAGGAGGAGCGGCGCACACCAUGCCUGCGCAGACAGAACCUCGGGCGCUGGUGGCCCGCCGGGUAACAGAAGUGGCCCAGUCCACGUUGGACGUGGUCUCCACUGCAGUGGACUACCCUCUCUGUUUUGUGAAGGGUGUGGCACGGCCAGACUACUGGGUCCCGGACCAUGAGAUCAUUCAGUGCCACCAGUGCACCAAGGCCUUCACCUCCAGUGUCCCCAAGCACCACUGCCGUGCAUGUGGGCAGGGCGUGUGUGCCAGCUGUUCGGCUCAGAUGCGGCCCGUGCCCUCCCGUGGCUGGGAUCACCCGGUGCGGGUCUGCAACACCUGUGUCACCCACCUGGAUGCCCAUUGACCUGUGGGAAUCUCAGCUGGGACCCAUCGCACUGGUCACAGAGGCAGACCGUGUCCCACUAAUGCUCUCUGCCGCUUGCUGUGGGGCGUAAAUAAGCAGUAUGUGUAAGUCUUAAUGGUGAACAUUUAACCAAAAUAUCAGCAGAGAUCAGGGAAGGUGAAGAUGGAGCUUAUUUGGGGCUGUAGGUAGUUUUUACAGGCUGAGAUCAGUGCAAAGAAAUUGCCUUAUACACUUAUACAUGAUGAACGAUGAGGGGAAUAAUUCAAUUCUGUUUCUUUCCUCCUGUCACUUGAUGCUUUUUCAUGCCGAUGUGUCGUGUGGUUGCUGGCACUGGGAGAUGCUCCCUACUUUUCCAGUUGUUAUCAGUUGUAACACGGUGUGAACUCAGAUGGGCCCGGGAUGGAGCUCCCGGUCGGUGAUCUUCCCAUACAAAACAUGUCGCAUUCUGCACACACACAUCUGCUACUGCUAGGACUUCCAUGGCAAGCAGUCUGCUGGUUUUUACAAAAUGCAAACAGUGGUCAUGUACAUACAGUAAAACAUGCACCGCGUCCCCACACUCAGUAAAUAAACUACAAGUUUAGUUUGCUUGACUAUAGCCUGCAUAGAGACUUAUAAAUGAAUGAAAAUUACUUUUUUAACCAGUCGCUUUUUUUUCAUUAGGACAUGCACUACACCAGGGCAAACACAGCAGUGAAUUCUGCGUUAUUCAGCUCGACCUGCAGUAGAGCUGCCCUGCUCUGUAAUGUAAGGUCUCUCAGAUCCUGCCACUCCAUUCUUGGUUCCUGUCUGUGGUAUGAGAUGCCAUGUGUCUCCUGAACUCAUUUCUCUCUCGGCCAAAGGUUUGGAGCUUGCUAGUUUCUCUUAAAAAGACCCUCGCUCUUUGAAGAAGCAGGAAGAAAUAUAACAUAUAAGGGUUAUUAGUAUUUAAGGUAAUAAAAACACGCGUUGUCAGUGAUGCAAUGAUCUAUAUUUGCAACUCUGCUGCCGUGUCUCUCGUGAUUUAUGGACGAACUUUUGGCAGGAACUUUCUUCGGUUGGCACCACCAAAACUGGAAAUGAAGUCACACUGGACAUAUGUUCUCAUGAAUAUGCAUAUUGUAGACAUGUGUACCAAGGCACACAGAAGACAUUUAGUUCAGAUGUUUACUGGAACAAUUCCAAAUAAACAUGAGCACACAAAUGCUUUCCAACUGUCUGGUCAUACACGGAUUUCCUGCAGAUCAUAAUUAUUGUCUCCUGGAAAAGAUUCAUCCUUACAACAUUCAGAUGACUGGAUCUAUAGUGUGAAUGGAGUGCACUUUUGUAUGUUGUCAUCUGUUUUCACAUACUUUUGCACUUUAUUUAGUAUUUACCUUUCUGCUAUUUUUGUUGAUGGCCGUACAAUGUAAUGAAAAAUGUAUUGUGUAGUAUCACAGUGUAAGAAAACUUUUAGGGACUCAACCAAUCAGGAGGCCAGUGGGCUCUUUAUCCUUAACAUUUAAUUAAAUCAUUGCCUGAAGGGAUGUGCAGUGUGUGAGAACCUUCCGGCUCUAUCUGUCUCGCCUUGUACUGACCUGUAUAUCACGCUAAUGAGGACAAAUUCAACUUGUCUGCAUUUUGAGUUGAAGAAUGUGUUUCCCGCACAGAUUAUUUCUAGCCAUUUAAAAGCAGGAUUCCACUAGGGAAUUUUCUAAACUGGACUGUUUCAUUUUUGAGCCUGGACUGGGUUAGAUCACUCUUGCCUUAUGUGCGUGGAUGUAACCAAAACAGUGAUCUUAAACCCUCAAAGCAAAUCCGGAAUAUCAUGUUGUUUUAAAAGUUUUGGGGUUUUUUUCCUUUGCACUUUUCUGAAUACUAAAAUAAUUUUAUAAACACA